GGUUUUUGUUUUUUCCUCCGUUUUCCAUUUUCCACCACCGCUUCCCCUAUCUCCCGCCUGAUUACAGUCUCUGGUUUGCCUUAAACCCUAAACCCACCACCUCCUCUCGUCGUCUUCAUCCUCACCUCAUCACCCGUUGAUCGGAGAGAUGCAGGCGACGAAGGAGAUAGAAUUCACCAAGAAGCCGUACAUCGAAGAUGUCGGCCCCCGCAGAAUAAAAAGUAUAGAGUUCUCUAUAUUUUCUGAGACGGAGGUCAUGAAAGCUGCAGAAGUUCAGGUGUGGCAGGGUGUAUACUAUGAUACCAAUGGCAAACCCAUUGAAGGUGGCUUGUUGGAUCCUCGAAUGGGUCCUCCAAACAAAAAGGGUAAAUGCACAACGUGUGAUGGGAAUUUUCAGAACUGUCCUGGUCACUAUGGAUACCUUAAGCUUGCUCUCCCUGUUUACAACAUUGGAUACUUCAAUAAUAUUCUGGACAUUUUGAAGUGUAUAUGUAAGCGGUGUUCUCGCAUGCUUCUUGAUGAGAAGCUGUCCGAAGAUUACUUGAAAAAGAUGCGAAAUCCUAAAAUGGAGUCAUUGAAGAAGACUGAACUGGCGAAAGCGGUUGUGAAGAAAUGCAGUGCCAUGGCGAGCAGUAAAAUUAUCACAUGCAAAAAAUGUGGCUACCUGAAUGGUAUGGUAAAGAAGGCUGCAACUUCGUCUGGGAUUGGCAUUAGUCACGAUCGAUCAAGAAUUCAUGAGGGUGAUGUUGAAGAGUUUAAAUCUGCAAUCUCACACACCAAAGAGUCUAGUGGAGCGAUAAAUCCUAUUACCUAUGUUCUUAAUCCUGUCUCGGUGCUCGCACUUUUUAAAGGAAUGAGUAAUAAGGACUGUGAACUUCUUUAUCUUGCUGACAGACCUGAGAAGCUUAUCAUAACAAGCAUUGCUGUGCCACCUAUAUCCAUCCGACCAUCUGUUAUCAUUGGUGGUACCCAAAGCAAUGAGAACGACAUAACAGAGAGAUUAAAACGAGUCAUCCAAAACAACGCUUCGCUACGUCAAUUUUUAGUUGAACCCACAACAUCGCCCAAAAACUUGCAUGCUUGGGAAUCACUUCAAGUUGAGGUUGCACAAUACAUUAACAGUGACGUUCGUGGUGUUCCCUUGGCGAUGCAACCAAGCAAGCCGUUGAGUGGGUUUAUUCAGCGUCUCAAGGGAAAACAGGGACGGUUUCGUGGCAACUUGUCCGGGAAGCGUGUCGAGUACACUGGCAGAACAGUUAUUUCGCCUGACCCCAAUCUAAAAAUCACCGAGGUAGCAAUUCCCAUCCUAAUGGCUCGAAUCUUGACUUUUCCUGAAUGUGUCUCCCGUCAUAACAUUGAGAAGUUGAGGCAAUGUGUGCGCAAUGGCCCUUAUAAAUACCCCGGUGCCAGACUAGUGAGAUACCCUGAUGGUUCUUCAAGGGCAUUGGUGGGUGAUUAUCGGAAGCGUCUUGCUGACGAACUGACCAUUGGCUGCAUAGUUGACCGCCAUUUGGAAGAUGGGGAUGUUGUUCUUUUUAACAGACAACCUAGUCUGCAUCGGAUGUCUAUAAUGUGUCACAGGGCAAGAAUAAUGCCGUGGAGAACUUUGAGGUUCAAUGAAUCUGUUUGUAACCCAUAUAAUGCUGAUUUUGAUGGUGAUGAGAUGAACAUGCAUGUUCCACAAACAGAGGAGGCCCGUACGGAGGCUAUUACAUUGAUGGGGGUACAAAACAAUUUAUGCACCCCAAAAAAUGGAGAAAUAUUGGUGGCUUCCACUCAAGAUUUUUUGACAUCUUCCUUUUUGAUAACAAGGAAAGAUACAUUCUAUGACCGUGCAACCUUCUCACUUAUUUGUUCUUACAUGGGAGAUGGGAUGGAUGCUAUUGAUUUGCCUACACCUGCAAUCCUUAAGCCAAUAGAGCUUUGGACUGGAAAACAGAUUUUUGGUGUUUUGCUGCGUCCUAAUGCAAGUGUGAGAGUCUAUGUUACUCUUACUCUCAAAGAGAAAAGCUUUAAGAAAGGGAAGCUUGAUGAAGAAACAAUGUGUCCUAAUGAUGGGUGGGUCUAUUUUCGAAAUAGCGAACUUAUAUCAGGACAACUAGGGAAAGCUACAUUAGGAAAUGGAAACAAGGAUGGAUUGUAUUCUGUUCUUCUAAGAGACUAUAAUUCUCAUGCUGCUGCAACUUGCAUGAAUCGGCUAGCAAAACUGAGUGCUCGAUGGAUUGGAAAUCAUGGCUUCUCCAUUGGAAUUGAUGAUGUUCAACCUGGAAAGGAAUUGAAUAAGAAGAAAUCUAAAACAAUUAUGGAAGGGUAUGAGGAAUGUGAUGCCACGAUACAGAAAUUUGAUGAAGGAAAACUGCAGCUUAAAGCUGGUCUUGAUGCUGCUAAAUCUCUGGAAGCAGAUAUCACAGAGAUUCUGAAUCGUAUUCGAGAAGUCACUGGAAAGCACUGUAUGGAAGGAUUACACUGGAGAAAUAGUCCCUUGAUCAUGUCUCAAUGUGGUUCCAAGGGAUCCCCUAUCAACAUCAGUCAGAUGGUUGCAUGUGUCGGUCAGCAGACAGUUAACGGUCAUCGUGCUCCCAAUGGAUUUAUAGAUCGGAGUCUUCCUCAUUUUCCUAGAAUGUCCAAAACCCCUGCAGCUAAAGGUUUUGUUGCUAAUUCGUUCUACAGUGGUCUUAGUGCUACCGAAUUUUUCUUUCACACGAUGGGUGGACGAGAAGGUCUAGUUGAUACAGCGGUCAAAACAGCAAGUACAGGUUAUAUGUCUCGUAGACUGAUGAAAGCUUUAGAGGAUCUCUUAGUCCAUUAUGAUAACACAGUGCGAAAUGCCAAUGGAUGCAUACUUCAAUUUACUUAUGGAGACGAUGGAAUGGACCCAGCACGCAUGGAAGGAAAGAAUGGAGCUCCUUUGAAUUUUGAUAGAUUGUUUUUGAAGGUUCAGGCUACCUGUCCGCCUAGCCCUCAUCACAACUAUCUUUCUUCGCAAGAAGUGUCUCAAAGGUUUGAGGAGGAAUUAACGAGACAUGAUACAGGUGGAGUUUGCACCGAAGCCUUUGUGAAAUCUCUUAGAGAAUUUAUUUCCAAGCAUGGAGUGAAAUCUGAGAAUCCGAGUUUAGUUUCUCAUAAAGCAUCUGGUGUGACUGACAAGCAACUUGAGGUAUUUGUUAAAACCUGCAUAUCUCGCUACCGUGAAAAAAAUAUUGAAGCUGGGACUGCAAUAGGAGCGAUAGGAGCUCAGAGUAUUGGAGAGCCUGGGACUCAAAUGACAUUGAAAACUUUCCACUUUGCUGGAGUUGCUAGCAUGAAUAUCACACAAGGAGUCCCUCGAAUCAAUGAAAUCAUCAAUGCUUCCAAAAAUAUAAGCACACCUGUUAUCUCUGCGGAGCUUGAUAAUCCCUUUGAAUUGACCAGUGCUCGAUGGGUGAAAGGACGCAUUGAGAAAACUACUUUAGGACAGGUUGCUGAGAGUAUUGAGGUGUUAAUGACUUCAACAUCAGCAUCAGUAAGAGUCAUCAUUGACAAGAAAAGAAUUGAGGAGGCGUGUUUGGCUAUUACUCCAUGGUCAGUUAAAAAUUCCAUCCUAAAGACCCCCAGAAUGAAGCUGAAAGAAAAUGAUAUAAAAGUUUCAGAUAUAGGAUUGGAUAUUACUCCAGAGGCAGAUAGGAGUAGAACUCAUUUUGAACUCCAUAAUCUGAAGAACGUACUUCCAAAUGUUUUAGUGAAUGGAAUAAAAACUAUUGAGCGGGUCGUUAUUGCCGAGGAUACUGACAAAAGAAAGCAGGUAGAUGGGAAGAAAAGGUGGAAACUCUUCGUGGAAGGGACAAACCUCACAGCAGUUAUGGGAACCCCAGGAAUCAAUGGGAGAAAUACAAGAAGUAACAACGUUAUUGAAGUGAGUAAAACAUUGGGAAUCGAGGCUGCAAGAACGACCAUAAUUGAGGAAAUUGGGACAACAAUGGGACAUCAUGGUAUGAGCAUAGACAUUCGUCACAUGAUGCUUUUGGCCGAUGUCAUGACUUAUAGGGGGGAAGUACUCGGGAUCACGAGAAAUGGUAUUCAGAAAAUGGACAAGAGUGUACUGAUGCAGGCUUCUUUCGAGAAGACGGGAGAUCAUUUGUUCAGUGCUUCGGUAAGCAAAAAGAUUGAUAAGAUCGAAGGAGUUACGGAAUGUGUGGUUAUGGGCAUACCGAUGCAGCUUGGGACCGGAAUACUCAAGGUUAUUCAAAGGACGGAUUCUCUACCUAAGUUGAAAUAUGGUGCUGAUCCAAUCAUCUCUUGAAAGGCAGAGGAAAUAGCUUCGUCACAGUUAUAUAUCAAACCACAAAGUUGUGCAGAAACAGUCGAAGAUCGGUCCAAAAACGAGCCAAGUUCUCGGGAUUUCUAUUCGAGAUAGACUAAUGUUCACAAUGAUUUCUCCGGCUAACUAGAGCGGGUCGAUAUUCCUUUCUCAGCUCUCUCAGGACAUAUAUAUAUAUAUAUAUAGAAUCUCUUAGUUUUGAUAGUUUGUUUGUCUUUGAAUGAUCAAGUUUUGGUUUUAAGACACUCCUCUCAAUCUCAAACUGAUGUUGUGAGGAUUUACAUCUCUGUCUUUGUAAUAGCAGAGUUAUACUUUUUUAAACCGGCAUAAUAUCAAAACUACCAUUAAUUUUCUACA